AUGUGCACGAGUCGCAAGCUGCGAUUAUUGUGUCUUCAUGGCAUGUACCAAGACGCAAUCACCUUCGCAAGCAAAACUAAUCUCCUUCGUCAUGCCAACGCCGGUGUGAAUUUUGUCUAUCUGGAUGGGCCCUUCACCAUUGUACCUCCUAUUUUGAAGAAGGCCGAGUUCCGCGCGUGGUGGCGGCCCCUGAGUGCCCACGAAGAUGAUUUUAGUCAAUUAGACAGUGAUCGAAGCGUGCUCAUAUCAUAUUUGCGUCAAAAGCUAGACGAGAUUGGAACCGUAGAUGGCGUUAUUGGAUUUUCGCAAGGAGCAAGUCUCGCAGCUUGGAUGUGUUCGAAACAGGCGCGUGCCGAACUGCAAUGGAGUCCAAAAGUAGUGGUGCUGAUUGGCAGCUAUCUGAGCUAUCCGCCAUUUUCCUUGGACUCAGGCAUUAUCUCGGGUAUGGCGUCGCUGCACAUGUUUGGCUCAAACGACUAUGUUAUUCCAGCAGCAAAGAGCCAACAAGUAAUGAAUAUAUUCAAAAAGCAUGAGACCACAAAUUACCCUGUUUUGACAUCUGUGCAUACCCAAGGCCACGUGAUCCCUAAAUGCGACAAGUCCAUUAAGUUGUUCGAGUCAUUUAUUUCUGACCAGCAGCAGAAAUUGCACGGCUGCUCCAGCAUUUCGUCCUCAAGGUCCCUGGAGACUUGUGAGCGCGAAGAAUUGACCCCCUCGGAAGCCCAGGCGUCUCAGCGGGUCUGUAUGGUGUAG